AUGGGUGCCAAUAUGUUGCCCCUUCCCCUCCCUUGUAAGCGUCUCCUCUGGAAUGGGCGGGCUGGACCGCUCGACAUUUCCCCUGCGCCUCAGAACUUACUAAAUAAAGUCGGAGGAAGGCGGGCAAAGGACAAAUAUGGACCCUCGUCCCCCACUUCGAGCUCUCUGACUUCCCCGAGGAGGCUCACAGGGAGGUCUUCCGCCCCUGGCCGCGCGCCCCUCUCCCUUCCAGCACCCGCCGGGGCCCGACUGCUCCCCAGCUGCCUCUCCCGCGGACGAGGGGCCGCCGCCGCCGCCACGGCCGGGGCCAGGAGGGCGCAGCGCCGGAGGCGGGUCAACCUGGACUCGCUGGGCGAGAGCAUCAGCCGCCUGACGGCACCCUCGCCUCAGACGAUACAGCAAACUCUCAAGAGGACAUUGCAGUAUUAUGAGCACCAAGUUAUAGGUUAUAGAGAUGCAGAAAAGAAUUUCCACAAUAUCUCUAACAGAUGCUCCUAUGCAGACCGUCCCAACAAAGAGGAAAUUGAAGAUGUCUCAGGAAUUCUUCAAUGUACUGCUAACAUACUAGGUUUGAAGUUUGAGGAAAUUCAAGAAAGAUUUGGUGAGGAGUUCUUUAAUAUAUGCUUUCAUGAGAAUGAGAGAGUCCUUCGAGCUGUAGGUGGCACGUUGCAGGACUUUUUUAAUGGCUUUGAUGCUUUGUUGGAACACAUUAGAACUUCUUUUGGAAAACAGGCCACUCUGGAGUCACCAUCGUUCCUGUGCAAAGAGCUUCCUGAAGGUACUCUUAUGCUCCACUACUUCCACCCUCAUCAUAUUGUGGGGUUUGCAAUGCUGGGCAUGAUUAAGGCUGCAGGAAAGAAGAUCUAUCGGCUAGAUGUGGAAGUGGAACAGAUUGCAAAUGAGAAACUGUGCUCUGAUGGUUCAAACCCAGGCAAUUGUAGCUGUCUUACUUUCCUUAUCAAAGAAUGUGAAAAUACUAAUAUCACGAAGAACCUUCCACAGGGAACCUCCCAAGUUCCUGCGGACCUCAGAAUUAGCAUCAACACCUUCUGCAGAGCCUUCCCUUUCCACUUGAUGUUUGACCCCUACAUGUCAGUCCUACAGCUGGGGGAAGGCCUAAGGAAGCAGCUCCGAUGCGACACUCACAAAGUGCUCAAGUUUGGCGACUGCUUCGAGAUUGUUUCUCCAAAAGUUAAUGCCACCUUCGAAAGGGUCCUGCUGCGACUGUCCACCCCGUUUGUGAUUAGGACCAAGCCUGAGGCUUCUAGCACUGAAAAUAAAGACAAGGUGAUGGAAGUCAAAGGACAAAUGAUCCAUGUCCCAGAAUCAAAUUCCAUUUUGUUCUUGGGCUCUCCCUGUGUGGACAAGUUGGAUGAACUCAUGGGCCGAGGGCUGCACCUCUCAGACAUCCCUAUCCAUGAUGCCACCCGAGAUGUCAUUUUGGUUGGCGAGCAGGCAAAGGCCCAAGAUGGCUUGAAGAAGAGGAUGGAUAAAUUAAAGGCAACUUUAGAAAGAACUCACCAGGCCCUGGAAGAAGAGAAAAAGAAAACAGUGGAUCUUCUAUAUUCUAUUUUCCCUGGCGAUGUAGCCCAGCAGUUGUGGCAAGGGCAGCAAGUGCAGGCCAGAAAGUUCGACGAUGUCACCAUGCUCUUUUCAGACAUUGUUGGCUUCACAGCCAUAUGUGCCCAGUGUACUCCCAUGCAAGUAAUCAGCAUGCUGAAUGAACUGUACACCAGAUUUGACCACCAGUGUGGAUUUUUGGAUAUUUAUAAGGUGGAAACAAUAGGUGAUGCAUAUUGUGUUGCCGCAGGACUCCACAGAAAAAGCCUCUGCCAUGCUAAACCCAUUGCUCUGAUGGCUCUGAAGAUGAUGGAACUUUCAGAAGAGGUGCUGACACCUGAUGGAAGACCGAUUCAGAUGAGGAUAGGCAUUCACUCAGGCUCCGUGCUGGCUGGAGUUGUUGGAGUGAGAAUGCCGAGAUAUUGCCUGUUUGGAAAUAAUGUCACUUUGGCAAGCAAAUUCGAAUCGGGAAGUCACCCUCGGCGCAUCAACGUCAGCCCGACCACUUACCAAUUAUUAAAAUGGGAAGAAAGUUUCACAUUCAUUCCUCGAUCCCGUGAAGAGCUUCCAGACAACUUUCCAAAGGAAAUCCCUGGGAUCUGCUAUUUUCUGGAGGUAAGGACUGGUCCUAAGCAGCCGAAGACUUCUCUUUCUUCAUCGAGAAUAAAAAAGGUUUCCUACAACAUUGGCACCAUGUUCCUCCGGGAGACGAGCCUCUGAGACCUGCUGCAGAUCAAAGACUCCUCCAAAAAGCACAAGCCCAGAGCAUGGGUCACCACUGGAGAGUGGAAAGAGAUUGCUUCUCUUUCACUGCUUUGUUGAGAACAAGCAGAGGAAUUUCUGUGUUAUGUCAGGCAAUAAUCCUAGAAAAAGGUGGGUGAUGACUGUCAAUAAAAAAACUGGAGGGCAGGGGAGAAAUAGGACGUGUCCAUCCAUCUGAGUGUUUUUGGUCAUAUCUAUAUUUUAAUUACAAGUAUGGGCCCCCUUUCACAACUAACCAAUAAAUAGAUUCUGUGUUUUCCUGUUUCUCACACAUACAGGUAUCUUUCCCUAUAUAUUUGUAUCACUUUUGAGAGCCAGUUUUGAUUACAUAUUCCUACAUUUAGUGAGUUGGUAUGUGAGGAAUAUUUUCUAAUUUGGUUUUUCUGAACAGACAUUUCAUAUGUAUAUCACGGCGG